AUGAAAAAACGAACCUUUUGGAUAAUUGUCGAUCUGAUUAAAGAUCAUAAAGUAUUUAAUGGUCAAGACCAAAAAUCAGUAGAAUUACAGCUUUUCGUAACUUUAUUUUUAUUAGGUAGAAGAUCUACAAUCUGGGAUAUUGCAGCUAAAUUUGGAGCCUCUAAAGUAUCUAUUAUUAGAUAUAUGCAUCGAGUUAUUAUUGCUAUUAAGUCUUUACGAUCUCGAUAUAUUGUCUGGCCACGUGAAGAUUAUAGAAAACAAGUUUAUAACGGAUUUGCAAAAAUCGAAGGUUUUCCUGAUGUAAUUAGUGUUGUAGAUGGUACCCAUAUUAAUUUAUUCGAGGCACCUAAAAAACUGAAUAAAGAUCAACCAGAUGCUACUGCAUCCUUAUUAUAUUAUACACAACAAUUGGAUGUAUCAAUACUACCUGUACUUUCACCUGUAAAUAUCUCAAAACAACAAUUUUCUUCGUCUAUUUAUCAGCUUAACGAGUUUAAACUUGAAGAACAAAAUAAAGAUAGUUCUUUAUGUCAAUAUUCUGAUUAUUCUGUGCUACUCACACCUAGCAAUCAGUAUUCAGAUUAUUCAAUCCCACUCGUACGAAGUAAUCAAUAUUCAAAUUAUUCAAUCCCACCUGUACGAAGUGAUCAGUAUUCAGAUUAUUCAAUCCCACCUACACGAAGUGAUCAUGAUCAGUAUUCAGAUUAUUCAAUCCUACUCGCACGAAGUGAUCAGUAUUCAGACAGAAUUAAAGAUGACAGAAUAGGCCAAACUUAUAUAUCUGAUGAAGAGUUAAAAAUAACUGAAAAAUUUGAUGAACAUAUUGAACAUAUUGAAGAUGAUAAAAUAAUUGAUGAGACCAUAAAUUGGAAACUUUAUAUAACUAAUAAAACAAAGUUCUAUAGAUGUGCUACCUAUAAGUUAGGAAAUAAUAAAAUGGGAAAACAGCCUUAUUUAAAAAAGAUUGAUAGUCUAUUUAGUAGUCAGGAAAAUAUCAAUUCUGAUUACUUAAUUUCAUCUUUAACUUUAGAUGAAAAAGAAAAGGUAUUUCUUUAUAAUUUACAAAAAUGUCUAGGCUAG